AUGCCGCCAUCAACUCGUCCAAAAUUGGCGAUCUGCAGUACUCGCUGCCUACACGGCACUGGAAAUCAAGUUGAAACUAGUCAUACCAUUCGUCUCUCGACCUGCAGUAAUCGCUGUCUACACGAAAGUCAGUAUGCCGCCAUCAACUCGUCCAAAAUUGGCGAUCUGCAGUACUCGCUGCCUACACGAAAGUCAGUAUGCCGCCAUCAACUCGGCCAAUAUUGGCGAUCUGCAGUACUCGCUGCCUACACGGCACUGGAAAUCAAGUUGAAACUAGUCAUACCAUUCGUCUCUCGACCUGCAGUAAUCGCUGUCUACACGUACGUCAUGCAGCAAGUGGGUCAUUAUCAGGGUGCUCGUUCACUACAAAAACGUCAGUCUAGGACUAUUCAAUGCUGGCAAGUAUUUCGGAGUCUAUGGCAAAGUAUGAGCGCAAGGCCACCGUCGAAAAAUUCAUCCAAGCGUUGGCAUUCAUCGUCGGAUCAUCGUUAUCAUGGGGAUGCUGCUGGUAAUCAAAAUGACGAUGAGAAGAAAUACCGUGGACGUCGCGAAGUUGAUGCAGAUGGCCAUGCAAGUUAUAGUAGAAGUGCAACGAGGCAUCAGGCACGCCAUCAAUAUACGGCCAAAGACCAUCCAUCAAGUAAUCCAGGGCUAGUGAAAAGAGCUAUACCCACUGUCGAUGCUAUUCCUCUCCAGAAUGCUGAGAUAUCACGAUUUUUAAAGACUAUUGUUAGUAGUGACGAUCAGUUAUAUCGUAAAAAAGCUGCUAUAGGAUUUCAACAAUGCUGUCUGCUGCCGGAAUCGAUCGAGGUAAUCAGAAAAUAUGCUUCAGCCAUUACCAGCUCUUUCGAAGAUAUUCUAUUACAUCAAAAGUUCUUUGAUAAAUUACUUUCCAAAGCUGGAGAUGAAAAUUUACCUCGUCAAACAAAUAUUUACUUCCUGCAGGCUAUUAUCAAGGCUUUACAAUUAGAUGCUACGGAACAAACUUUUCAACCAUUGGCAGCGGUUAUCAUGAACAAAACUAGAGACUACUUGGAAAGCGCUGAUGACAGCAGUGUCUUGGUAUGCCUGGUACAAAUUAUUGAUGGAUUGAAGCAUUAUAAUCAUAUAUUUAAAAAUCACUUCAAGAACUUUGUAGACAUCUUAAUUGGCUGGUUACUGGAUAAUUCGCAACCAGCGAUUGUUAAGAAAUGUAUUAAAGAUACUCUGAUCAACUUCAAAACAUAUUGGAUCUUAGAAGCAUCAUUUUCUUUAAAUUUACUGGAACAGUUUGUUGAAGAUAUGGAAGCCUAUGUUAAGGAAUUAAAUAAUAAAGCUACCACAUCAACGUCAUAUGCUGAACUACUCGUAAAAGUUCCCGCAUUGUGCAGCGUCUUUACUAUUAUUGUUCAAUGCCUCCAUGCAACCCCGGUGAUAUCGACUCAAGUAGCCCACUUUCAUAAGCUUGGUGGACGUAUUAUUCAAUGUGGAAAUAGUUAUCUAAAGCGUUCACUGCAAGAAUGCUGUUUAGCAACAAAUAAUUGCAUAAUUGUUCUGGCUAAAUAUCAACAAAAGCACUUUGUAUCAUUGUGUGAAACCAUACUGGAUUAUGCUUUCGAUCAGAUGCAGAGCCGGUGGUGUAGAUCUUCUGAUGCCGCUACCUUGUCAGUAUUACUAUUUAUUAACGAGGUGAAAGUGAUCUCGGUUGAAACCUGGAAAUUUUCUUUAAUAAAACGUAUUAAAUCAGUAUCAGCAUUGAUAGAGUUAGAAUGCUCCAGCAAUAUGAAGGUGCUAAUGACAUUACUGAAUAUCUACGUCUCGUUACUUUUGGAAUCCUCCGAUUGUAUCAAUGACGAUAUAUUUAGUAUGAUUGUAGAUCGUCUAAUGUCUCGGGUUAAAGAAUUAAAGAUGACCGCAGUUGACAAGCUUCGUGGAAAUCACGACAGUAAAAUAAAUCGAUCGUCAUCUAGUGUAAAUCAAGCGAUUGAGCAUAUUGGCACUUCUGAUAUUGAAAAAUCUAUUGUCUUUUACUUGCAAAUCUUAUCCACUAAAGAUGUCUUAAAUUUAAAGAAAAAACAGCUACCGUUGCUUUAUUUAAAAGCCUUUGAAAUGCUUACUGAGCUAGCCCUUAGAUAUCCCGUGGCGCACUUUACCCUCCUAUAUUGCAUGCAUAAUUUAUGUAAAGACAUUUCAGUACUAAAUAAGCACUUAAAGGCUACCGUUACCUGCGUUUCCAACGUCCUACGUCAAGAAUUGGUUUCAGUGGAUAGCAAAAAGUUUUGUUUAGGUUGGAUUCUUGAAAUAGCAGAUUUAGUUGCACGAAAAGAUGUCGAUCUACCUUGCAACCUUGACAUUGUGGCUAAUCCAAUACUACCUAUACCAAAUAGUAAUAUUUUCAUUCUUGGACCUUUCUAUAUCAGUAUUCCACACGGAAGAAAAUUUGUUCAAGAAUUGCAGCCUUUAUUCCAUAGCUUUGAGAACAGUUUUAAAAUUCUAAUUGAAUGUUUACGUCUGAUACCUCUUGAUGUAGCCACUAGUGAAUUCUUGGAAAACGAUUAUUUAAGACGACUGUUCCAUUUCUCUCAGGGCAACGUUAAAGAGAAGACGUUGUUGCCUAUGCUGAUUGAUUUAUGUAGUUGUUAUCGAUGGUUUUGGUGUUCAUGGGAAACAGCGCAAUUUUGUGUCCUAUCCCGACUUCGGACACCUUUAGGAAAGGCUCAGGCGGAUACUUUUCAAGCUAUUGAAGGUGUUUUACGAGAGCUUGCAGCUGAUGUUGACAAUCAGGCUCAAGUCACUUCUAGUGGAUCGCAACCGGCUUUAACCACUAUGAAAUCUUCAAAGGAUGUGGCUGAAAAGAAAUUACGAGUAGCAUUAAUGUUACAGUUUUUUGAUUGCUUGGAGAAGUUAAUGUAUAAUGCUUUUGAAGGCUUUGCAACUACACUUGCCCCGACAACGAAGGGAUUAGAAUUUGAUCAGGUAGUUAGUAUAGUAUCAGAUGCAUUAUGUCAAAUGCGUUCCCCUGAAUCAAUCAAAGGACUAAACUGUUGGCUUCGAGAUUCUCCUAAUAUAGUACGAAUGCCAUGGAUAGCUGGAGGGUACUUAGUGGCUCAGGGAAAGUUAGAGUAUGCGGCUAAAGAGUAUCGCGCAGCGUUGAAAGGAUAUUUAAACCUGGACCAGCCAUUAAGAUGCCGAAUUGGCGGAGAUAAUGAAGAAGUGUCAGCUAAAACUCCUGGUUUACUUAUACGAAAUCAGAUAAAAUUAGAUAAAUCGAUUGUUGUGUCAUGCUAUAUUGAUUUAUCCGAUUGGAACGAAUGUGAAUCGUGGCUGAAAGAACUAUCCGAACUCAACAGUCAAUACAGCGAUAGUUUAUUUCAAGGCUCCUUAGUUUGUGAUGAAAGCAAAUUGAGUAUGAUUGAAGCAUUAACAAAGUUUGACAGCAAAGAUUAUGCUGGCGCUAGUAAUAGUUUUGACAGCCUACCCUACUAUUUACCAAAUUCAUCUGGACGCUACGAGAAUUGCAAGGAGUUGUAUAAUCCACAUCAGUUCCGAACCCAACAAUUCAUGUAUCUGCUGAAAAACUUUGCAUACAUCAAAUGUAACGAGAUGAACAUGACAUCGGCAAGUGCUAAAAUUUUACCAAAUUUGGAUCUUGUGAUCGAGUCUAUGCAUGAUCAGAUAAGAUCGAACGUCAUGCCAUGGUUAUCUCCAGUUGGUCUGGCUGAUAGCAUGGUUUUAAAGUCGAUCUUUCUUAUUCAGUCCUUUAUCCAAGGGCAUGAGGGCAAUAUGUGGGGCUGUAUGUUAAGUGGAAAUGAGUUUUAUCAGGAUAUUUCAUUAUGGCAACACAUUUUACGCAUUUCGGAUGCGAUUUAUGAUAUAAGUAAUGACCCAGCAUUUUUUGAGCAUUUGCUUAAUAUCAACGUUAGAACGGCACAUAUUGCACGCAAGCAAAGUAAUUAUGCACUGGCUAAACGUUUGCUUACAAAGGCGAUGUAUAGAGUUAUUCAUUUUGGUCAACAGUUACCAAUGGUUUCUGAAGCCUUAGAUGAUGUACAAGAAUUAGUUAAUAAACUAAAUGACUUGACUUGUAAUGAUCAGGUAAAAUUAUCGAACGAAAUGAUGAUAUUACAACGUGAGACCGCCAAAUAUUUAAUGGAUUAUAGACAAGAAGGCCAAGCUAUAAAAUUAUUGAUCCACUCUGUAUGGCAAUUUAACAAAUUUUAUGAAGAAAUUUCAACUUGGCCUGAUCCUGGGCGAACUUCGUGUGCAAAAUCUUGUAUUGCUAUAGCUAAACGCUUACAAAAUAACCCACAGUUAUUUGCUGAUAUUAAUUCUAAUGCCGACAGCGAUCUUACUAGGGCUCAUCUGAUAACUUUGAACCAAUUAGAGGAUAAAUUAGCCGUUAAUGGGCUUGGUUGGCCAAUAGUUCGUCAAAAUCACGAAGACAAUUCUAUCUCAUGGGACACAUCGUGUGGAAAACUGUUUCAUCUUAGCUGUAUUAUGGCCCCUAGACUAAGUAAAGCGUGGUUUUAUCUAGCUGGAUGGUGCUAUCGCUUAGGUCGUAAGACUGUUGAUCAAGCUAGUAUUGAUUUCUUUCCGCAAUUGAUAAGACAAGAGAAAGAGAAAAUUAUAUCGCUACUUCCAUCUGCAUUAAAAGGCAAUGAGCAACAGGCUAUCUUUAAUGUAUUAUCAAAGCCAUACUAUUCCGUUAAUGCUACCGAAGAUGAAAUGAGCAGUGGAAUUGAUGAAAAAUCAGUUGUUGAAGGACCUGAUCUAUGUCGUCGACAACUUAAGUUAGCUUUGCCUUCUCAUCUUGUUACUGAUUCUACGGAUUUAAUCGACUCCUUAAUUGCAAUUUGGCAAAAUGCGCGUUCUCGAUUGUUUGAAUAUUAUAAGUUAUCUGUUGUUGCUUACUUUAAGUACCUCCAAAUUGCUAGUGAUGAUAGUUCUAUAACAACUCAUAGUAUUAAAUCAUCGGAUAACCAUGUCACUUGCACCCUGAGAUUAUUGCGUCUUCUUGUCAAAUAUUCUAGUGAAUUAUCUAGUGAAUUAGAUAUCGGCUUUAAGCGAACUUUGGUAAUGCCUUGGAAAGAUAUUACACCGCAAUUAUUUUCACGUUUAAAUCAUCCAGAAAUUUAUGUUACGACUAAAAUAUGCCAGUUAUUGUGUCAGAUUGCACAGGAAGCCCCACAUUUCGUUAUAUACCCUGUAGUAGUUGGUCAUGCCACAUACUCGCAGAAUCAAAAGAAGCAAACAACGUCGGAAACAGUCAUUAAGAAACUACGCCAGCAUCAUUUGAUGGUCUGUGAAGUACAAAUAUUUGUACAAGAGUUACGUCGUAUUACAUUACUAUGGGAAGAGUUAUGGCUUGGUACGGUGGCACAAUAUAAUGCUAGCUUUAAGCGCCGCAUACAACAAAUUGAGGAAGAAAUUGAACGAAUUACGAGAAAUGAAAGUUUAAAUGAUAAAGAAAAAGCAGACAUUAUUCACGAUAAGCAUACAGCUAUAAUGAAGCCUAUUAUUUAUGCUCUAGAACAGAUUGAUCGUAUAACGAAUCAAAAAUCUGAAACUGUACAUGAAACCCGCUUUCAGGAACAGUUUUCUUCCAAAACUCGUGAUGUAUUAAGUGCUGUGAAAGAUUCGCUAAAUCCACGUGACAGCUUCCUAGCUUGUGGGCAGUUAUAUCGUCAGUUACAAAAAUAUACACUAAAGCACUCGAGGUUAAACUUAAAUGAAAUUAGUCCACAAUUAUGUAAGUUAAAUCCAUCUGUUAUUCCUUUACCUGGCGUAACUGAUUCGUCCACAGAUAAAAUCGUAACUGUUCAGUCAUUUCUAAAUGACAUUGUCAUUUUGCCAACUAAGACUAAGCCAAAAAAAAUUAAAUUGCUUGGUAGUGAUGGUAAAGUAUACACUUACUUAUAUAAAGGUUUAGAAGAUUUGCAUCUUGAUGAAAGAAUCAUGCAGUUAAUUGCUGUUAUUAAUAAAAUGCUGGCACGUGCUGAAAAAAUACCCAAACCCUUGUUUCGAGCUCGCCAUUAUUCUGUCACGCCGUUAGGACUGAAGUCUGGCCUAAUACAAUGGGUCGAUGGAGCAACUGCGCUUUAUUUAAUCUAUAAACGUUGGCAGCAGCGUGAAUUAACUGCAUCAAAAUCUUCACAGGUCAAUAAUGCUGGUAAGCCUGCUGUUCCUGCCACAGCCCCCGCCGGACAGCUACCAUCAGCUACUACGAAACCAUCAGAAUUAUAUUACAAUAAACUAAAGCCUUUGCUUGAAAAAGAAGGUAUUUCAUCGUCUGCCCCAAGAUCUCAAUGGCCAGUAUCAAUUUUGCGACAUGUUUAUGAUGAAUUAGAUGCUGAAACUCCGAGUGAUUUAUUAGCGCAGGAAUUGUGGGCAUCGUCAAUUGGUUGCGCUGAUUGGUGGCAGAUAUUGCAAUCGUAUAACAGAAGUAUUGCCGUUUCGUCCAUGAUUGGUUACAUAAUAGGCUUAGGUGAUCGUCACUUGGAUAAUAUCUUAAUUGACUUAGUAAGUGGUGAAGUCAUCCAUAUCGAUUAUAACGUGUGUUUUGAAAAGGGAAAAAGUUUAAGAGUUCCUGAAACUGUACCAUUUCGAUUGACAAACAAUAUUGCGACAGCGCUAGGCAUCACACAAAUCGAAGGGACUUUCCGUUCAUCUUGUGAACAUGUAUUAAAAAUUAUGCGGCAAGGUCGAGAAUCAUUGUUAACCUUACUAGAGGCAUUUGUGUAUGAUCCAUUGGUUGAUUGGACGUCAGGUAGUGUUGGAGGUAUCGCUGGGGCAUUUUACGGCGGUGGUGCUACGACAGAUGACCAUAAAGGUAAAAAGGAAAUGGAAAGAGAAGUUACUGCUAAACUGUUUUCGUCAACCGUUGCCGAAAAGAAAGCAACUUGGUUAGACGUUGGGCGAAUUUAUGAAUUGUUAAAAUAUUUUGAUCUUAGAGAAAGUACUUUUGAAAGUAUCAAUUUACUGAACCAGCGUCUGGAUUCUCUCUGGAACAUUUGGCUAAAUGCUAAAGAGUUCUUCUUACGAAAGGAACGAUUAAAAAAAUUGCAGAAUUUCUUAAUUGCUGCUUUAAAUAUCCCAAAUCAUCCACUUAGAAGUGCAUAUGAGAGAAUUCAGGAAUAUCAAGAGGCCAUAAAUAGACGCGAUUCAGUUACAAACGAAAUUCGUAACGAACUUGAAAAUAGCCAGGCAAUGCAGACAAGUUUCGAGACUUCAAUUGAUACUAUCAUUAAUCAUAAGGAAAGACUAAACGAUUACGUUAAAUUAGGAGAGUUCGGUUCGCCUCCUUUCAAUGUCGUAACGCAUUUUUUGCAAGAUAUUAGUAAAGCUGAACUAAUUUCUCAAUGUCAAGAAAAGGAAGACGAAUUGAUCAGCUUAUUUCAACAGCGUAGGAAUUAUAUUAAAACUUCCGUUGAUGUUCUUAAAAGUUAUGGUAGCAUUAUAUCCUUGGGUGAAACAUCAUUUCAUCUUGUCCAAAUGUUGUUCUUACUAAUUGAUGAUUUGCAGUAUAAGGAAAUGAUGGAAAGGUUUAGUGAUAUAGUAACCGGGGCGAAAGAAUCUAUCCAGGAGCUUGAUGAAGACGACAUAUACGCAAAUGAAAAUAAAGUUGUUGUAUUAAAGGCAAUACAUCGAGGCUUGCGUUCGACAUUUAAUGAAUUCAACCUAAAAGUCAGAAAGAGUAUGGAACUACAGAAAGAACUAUCAAUUCGUGAGGAGGAUACUGGUAGUGUAACAGGAAUGACAGCAAAAAUCAAUGAAAUUGCUACAACCUUAAGUACGGGAAGAUUAUCUAUCCUUUGCGCAAUUUUGAUACCUAUGAGUAAUUUAUGUGAGCGUAUUUUGAAAUUGGAGACAACUAUAGCAGAAACGCUAGAAGUAACGAACCUCAGAAUUAGCAGCGAGUGUUGGUUCUUUAACACAUUAUAUGAUGUAGUAUAUUGUAUAUAUCAAAAUACACUAAUUGCGCAAUUCCUUCUUUCGGGUUCCGAUUUCAAGAAUGAUUCUUUGCAGCCUAGUGAGAUUGCAAAUACUAUCAGUGUUGUUUGGAACAUAUACAAUCAUAUGGAGGACUUUAUUGUUAACUUUAAAUCGGUUAUACUAUCCGAAAGUGUUAAACUGGUACAGAUACAAAAUCACGACGUUUUAACAGCGAUAGAUUCAUUUGAAGAGGUGCUGAAUAAUUGUGAUAUUGAUAUUGAAAUCCUAAUGCAAAUGAUAGUCCGGAAGUUAUAUACUGAUGAAGACACAGAAAUGGACAUUGAAAGUGUGAUAGCAAUGAUAGAUCAGCUACAUGACAACUAUUCCACCUUUCGGAAUUCAGAUUCAACCAGCAACCAGGGUUACACGCUAUUUGCAGCCUUCGAUGGCUUGUUUACUCGAUUAGAGAACGAGUAUGAAAGUCUGAAUCAAUUAUCCAGCUAUACUUUCGAUAUACCUACUUGGGCUAAAUCAAUUAGUGUUGUCAAUGUAUCCCAAAAAUUGAUUAAGAAUACAAAUCGCAGCAUCUCACUGGAAAGUCAAUUGUUUUUUGUCAAGCGUCUAGUUGCCAUGCGCAAUUUUUUUAGAAGGGUCAGGUCUUAUAUUUCUUAUACUAAUUUAAAUGCUGAUGAGAUAUGGGAAUUACCUUCAAACCAGCUAAGUCAAGAUGAAUUCACAUUGGAAGUUUUAAGCGAUAACUAUUUAUGGUUUCCAAUCAAAGAAUUCCUUGCAGAGUCUGUCAAAUAUAGGACUGUUGGUUAUUUAUCUAGCCUUCUUAGUAGGUAUCUAGUGUUCAGUAUGGAUGCCAUGGAUAUUAACAUUGCGAAUGAAGUGGAGAGUCGCUCUACCAACAAUGCACUUAUCACUAUUAAUGAAAUAGCAAAAUAUGUUUUGGAUUACAGUUUAUGUAUUGGUACAGUAGAUCCUCAUGAAUUUUCCGAAGCUGUUAAAAUAAUAGAUCAAUAUGAAGUAUCUUUGUCUAGUGAGAGUCAAGCCAGCCGAAAUCGACAUGAUUUGACUGUAGCUGACAGCUUACUUAAAACUUACUGGUUGCAGUUGGCGAGAUUUCAGUGGAUGUAUGAAAAGAAUCUAGUUAAAACUGGGGAAAGUCACGCAUCCGAGGUAUCUGGUAUUCGCCGUAAUAUAGUUGACAAGUUACAGAAGUCUUUGCAAGGAAUCAAUCUGAUUGGUGAGAAAAUUAAUGAUAUCCUACUUGGAUACGAUGCUCAUGAAUCGGUUAUCAGUCAAAAGCUACGUUGGGCUGCAGGUGCAAACCCUUCCAUAGCUGCAACGCUUCAAAGCUUUCAAAACAGUUUGGAAUCUAGAAAAACGCUUAUUUCGAAAGAGAAUGAAGCAGUUUCAGAAAUGCUUGCUAUGUGUAACAGGCUGCUAUACUUCGACAAUUUAAGAAUUAAUAUCGAUCUUCGAAUACCUGUUGUAUCUGUUUUGAAUGACUUAACUUCAAGAUAUGAGCAAUGUCUACUUAAUGUUGACCGCUGUAAGGCAAAUAUUGACAUUUUAGAUGAAGCCCUUGGAGAAGAUUAUCACUCGUUAAUACAAGAGCCGGUUUCAAUGGGCUGGAUACAAAACAAACUAAAAGAAACCAGCUUACAAUUAGCCGAAAACAACAAAGAGUUUGAUCUGAUCUUUAUAUCAAUGAAAUCAUCUCAGGAAACUGUGUCUAACGCAAUAAGCGAUUUGUCCAAGCUGGUAGCUGAAGAGCAGGCGUUGAUAAGCGAAAUCCGUAAUUUUCUUGAUUCAAUUGCGCAGGACGAAGGAGCACAAGGGUCUAACAUAGCGCGUUCAGUAAUAAAUUCUUUUAAAAGCUUUCAUGAAACCAUGGAUUCAUGCCUAAAAGAUAUUAAAAAGUUGUGUAUGCCUAAAGAUGCCUUGAAUCCUGAAGACUUAAGCUUUCUGAAUGAUGGUAACUCUAUGAAACUGUUAAAAAACCGAAUGGAGCAUUUAGGGGACGUCAUUAAAGGGAUUCAUAACCAAAUUGUCAGUUUGGCUCAGACUUUAUCAUCCGAUUCCAGAAAAGAUGGUGAUCCUAAUGUAGAAGCAGAAACUGACUCUAUGAUAGUAAAUACAGCAUCCGUAGACAGCGCUCGAGAUAGCGAUAAUGUCAAUAAAUCUAACCAACUUGCUAGAGACCCUCAAACUGGCAAAGUAAUUCAAGCUAGAAAUGUCUAUGCUGUCAAUGUCUGGUGCCGAGUGAAGGUAAAAUUAGAUGGGCGUGAUAUGCACCAGGAUAAGAAACUUUCUGUCGCUGAACAAGUUGAUAAAGUAUUGCAGGAAGCAAUAAGUAAGGACAAUUUAUGCAAGAUGUACGAAGGUUGGACUCCUUGGGUUUAA